AUGGCUGCUGCUGUGACGCUUUCGCGACAGAUUCUCGUCGUGCUGGCGCUGCUGUUUGUCGUGAAGCUGGGCUCAGGUCGACCGCAGAAUGCAAUCGAUAAUCAGGACCUGCCCGAGAUAAACCCGAACGAGCUGCGAAAACUCUACACAAACUACAACUCGUACGUUUCGAACCAGCUGGACAACUAUGGGCUGGAUCCGCUGCAGCUUCAGCUUCUCGCCCAGUACGCCCAAAGCAAUGCCAUCAGUGGAGGAGGUGGCAACGGAUGGGAUCAGCUGUACCGUGCGCCGGAAAUGAAGCGCCAAAUCCGAUACCGCCAGUGUUACUUUAAUCCCAUCUCCUGCUUCAAGAAGUAAGCUCCCUUCUGGUUGCC